CCUUAUGCUACUGCAACAGUAGCAGUUAAGCCAUUCGGCACCGCUGAUUUCUUCUUCGGUCGCAGCGCUCCCCGGCGGCAGCAUCUCAAGGCCAUGCUCAGAGCUCAAUGCAGGUUCCCAGGCCAAGGUGAUGACCACGACGAGUGGCCGAAGGACGCGGUGGAAGCAAACUUGAGCGUUCUGAGGGAGAGGAUUGCGGCACUUCGGAUGAAGGAGCGGCAGCGGCAGAUGGAAGAUCGGGGUGAUGUUAAUAGUCGCCACUUUCCCGGCCGAUUCCCGGCGGCGGUCAAGCGGAGGCGGCGGCGGCGGGAAGAUGGAGAGGGAAACGUGAUAAUGGGAGUGGUGGCGGUGGUUUCCUCCACCUUGGGAUUGACGUGGCUCGCUGGUACUGGCUUGCUGUGCGUUGUCUCGUUCCUCUCUCAUCAUUUCGGCAAACACUUCUGAAUCUUCCCCGAUUCUCCGCUUCCUCGCUCAUAUUGUGACCUAAUCGUACAAAUCUCGACUCGUACUUUCCCAGAUAUUAAAUGAUUUAUUAAUGGAAAAUAAGAAUUACAAAGCUACUUGAUGGCGUGGCUAU